AGUUUGAUCAAGACGAUAGGUCAUGGCAGCGCCAACUCGGUUGUUAACGUUCAAGGGCCACCGCGACUCAGUGAACACGCUGCUAUGCGAGGAGGACGUGCACCCUAAUGUAUUGGCGUCCGGAGGCGAUGACGGCACGUGCCGGUUGUGGGAUGUUCGCACUGCGCGAGUGACUAAGUGUUUCAAUGUGAAGAAAGCGCUCGGCACGGAUAACAUGGACGAGAGUGCUGUCAACUCGCUGGCCUUUGGCAAGACCUCAGAAGGUGCAGAAAGCGCGUACAUCUACGUAGCGGCUGGCAACAAGGUGCUCACGUUUGACAUGCGGCAACCGGCGCUGAUCGUGAACUGCGCGGACCGUGAAGUGUUCCAACACAACGAAGACGAGAUCAACGUGCUAUCGCGACACCCGGGCAAGCACGGCAAGUUCUUAUCGGCACCCGAUGACACUGGUGAUAUCUGUGUAUACGACCUCGAGAGCCAUUGCCUGUUCAAGACACUGCGAGGCCAGCACACCAACAUUUGUAGCACCGCACCCUUCCGCCCCAACGCUCCGUGGGACCUGAUUUCUGGAGGAAUGGACGGCAUGCUACUCUUCUGGGACUUUUCUCGCGGUAGAGUCAAGUUUAGCAUCGAUCUCAAUACGGGUGUGAAUGGACUGGGUAACAGCGCUUCCGUUGAAGAAUCCGGCUCGGGCACCCAGCAAUUGUUCAAUCCGCCUCUGGUGCACUCACUGGCGUUCGCAUCAAAUGGAAAGUCUUUUGCGGCUGGCCUGGGAGAUUCCAGUAUUGCCGUUGUAAACUUUGGCUCGAAGCAAAUCGUGCGCCGGCUAAAACACCACGGCGCUAUGGUUUCCCAGGUUCUCUUCCCUGCAUUUAGCCCCGACGACCGCCUCGUGUCCACCGCUAACGACGCGAAAGUGUGCAUGUGGGACUACCAUGCAGCGCUCUCACUAGACGCUUCCGACGCCCUCAACGAUAUCGACCCCAUGGCGCCAAAUCCAUUCGUGGUCAUGGAGUUUGCACUGACUAAUAGUCCCAAUGCCAUCGCCACCACAGGCCAGCAGAACCUGAUCGUUGUUGCUGAUGUGUCCAAGGAGAUUUCAGCGUACUCCGUGGUGUAAAUGUUGUGGAUGCCGCACGCAACGGAUUAAAAAUUAGACUUGGAUCGCGUUUUUGCUUCUCUCUC